UAGGGGUUUGGAAUUGUAUCCCAUAAUUCAAUAACUAGUUAUGACUAGUUAAUAGUGCUAAUCACUAUUUUCAACCCUAGUUGCUGACCCUGGAAAGUGGAAACGACUCACCCUAGAAACGCGUCUUCUUCAAGCUGUUACACUUAUAUAAAUACCCUUCAAACCCUAAUAUUUUCUCCACCACAGUCGCAAUCGUUCAAUUGUGUUCGCUGCUUCAAUAUCUCAAUCCGUUUUCUUCUUCUUUCUUCAUCUUUCUACUAUGGCUUCCUACACCGUCGUUUUGAUGCUAGUUGCCACAUUGUUGGUGAGUUCCACCAUUGCUCAAUCUCCAGCAUCAUCUCCAACCAGAUCGCCGGUUGCCUCUCCACCAAAGUCUUCUCAGUCUCCGUUUCCGUCUCCAGCGGUUUCUCCUUCUGUGCCUGUGAAGAAUGCUCCCUCUCCGUCACCUUCCGCCGUCAACUCUCCACCAUCUCCUCCUCUUACUCCGGCCGUCACUCCAGCUGCCACUCCAGCUGUCACUCCAUCGGCGAUCUCUUCUCCAUCUGAAGCACCAUCACCUUCCGAAAACAGCGCCGCUUUGAACAGAUUCACCGUCGCCGGAUCUGCCGCUAUCGUGGUUUUUGCUGCUGCUUUGAUGAUGUAGAGAGUCACUCUUACUUUUUAAUUUAAUUUAUUUUGUUUUUAACUAUGGAUUUUCAUGGAUCGUGAACAUUACCUCCAUUUUGCCCUGUUUUGAUCGAUCUCAGUAACGAUUCCUUCAUUCUAUUAUUUUGUGUAGUUUAAUUAUUAAUUUAGUGAGUGAUCCAUUAUUUUCUCUUCAA